UGUUGCACAAGCCCACACUCGUCUCUUACUUCACUCAAGAGUUGCUAAUGAGGAGACAAUAUUUCAACCCCUUUAGACAUGGUGACUGAAGGACUGACCUCGGGUAUUUUAGAGGUUCUGGUGUCUCAUCCGGUUUUGACCUCUUUCCUACUUGUGGCUGCACUCGCCGCCACAUGCCGGUUCAUUAGAGACUCCUUCAAGGUGGACGCCUUUAACCUCAAGCACGUGCUCAUCACAGGCUGCGACAGCGGCUUUGGCAACCUACUGGCCAGGCGGCUGGAUGGCAAAGGUUUCCGCGUCAUAGCGGCGUGCCUCACCGAGACAGGCUCGGGUGAGCUGGCUCGCUCGGCCUCGCCCAGGCUGAGAACGCUCAUCCUGGACGUAACAGACGGCGAGAGCAUCAGGAGAGCGCGGGAGUUUGUGAGCAAAGAGGUGGGAGAGCGAGGUCUGUGGGGUUUGGUGAACAACGCUGGCCGAUCCACACCGAUAGGCCCGGUAGAGUGGAUGCACUUGGAGGAUUUCACAAAUGUUUUGGAUGUGAACCUGAUGGGCGCGGUGGACGUCACGCUCCACUUCCUCCCGCUCCUGAAGAAGGCUCGGGGCCGGGUGGUGAACGUUGCGAGCAUUUUGGGCCGACUGGCGCUCAUCGGGGGAGGCUACUGUCUUUCCAAGUGGGCGUUGGAGGCCUUCUCGGACGGCCUCAGGCAAGACAUGCAGCACUUUGGUAUCAAAGUGAGCAUCAUUGAACCUGGUUUCUUCAAGACCAAUGUGACACGGCUGGAUCUCAUAGAAGCUGACCUCAAAAGGGUCUGGACUCGCCUCCCUCAAGAAACAAAAAGCUCCUAUGGAGAGACAUACCUUGAUGAUUAUGUGAAGGCACAGGCCUUCUCCAUGGACAUCCUGUGCAGUCCACGCAUCUCCUUGGUGACAAGCGGCAUGGAGCACGCCUUGACCGCCCGAUUCCCCCGCACGCGCUACACCGCCGGCUGGGACGCCAAACUUUUCUGGAUCCCGUUGUCCUACCUGCCUUCCUUCGUGUCCGACAUGAUUAUCAGCAUGCUUCUACCUUCACCUGCAGCGGCGAGGAGGUGAUGAAGAGGAACUUGGGUCUGGUCACCCAAUUCAAACGUUUAUUCAGUCAGGUCUCAGCAGCAGCAAUUUUAACUGGACAGGCUUUUUGUCAAUGAUCAGGGAAAGCAGGUUUUAUUUGUGAUUGUUUGAGUUGUGAAAUGCCUUCACGUUGGAUAGAAAAUGACUCAUCUGCAUUCUUAGGGCAUGCGUGGCUCAAGGAGAUAAUUAUCAACAUAAAUUAGCAUCCAUGCACAAGCAUGUUCAAGUA